CCGUCUGAGCAGACAGCGUCCUUGCGGCUGGAAGAGACGGAGAAAUUUUAGACCUCGAGAAUCUUUUACGGUGAUGUGUUAACGAUUCAGAGAGGAAAGAAGACUGCUGGCACAAACGAAUUGGUAGAAGGAACAGGAAGUAAAAAUCAAACGGCGGUUUAUCACACGGAGAGAAGUUUUGAAGGAAAUCCAGAAUGUUGAUUCAGUGAAUGUGAUUUCAAGUGUAGCUCUAGACUGGCACGACAGUUGAAGGAGCGAAAGUUUCAGUCGCCGCAUUUUCCCUUUUUCCAAUGGACACGCACUUGGAAACGGCUGGGACACCAAGUAUGGGAUUACUUUUGUAAUGUGGAUUGCAAUUGCCUUUCAAGAAAAUAAAGAUUUAUUACAGAACAAUGUGAGAAGGUACGCGUCCUGGAUUCUCAUGUUUCUGGAUAUCUUGAAAAUUAUUGGCAACAGUUGAAAGAAAGACGUUAUGCUCAAAGGAUUUUCGUCCAGGUGUCGCUCCGACCGUGGGACCGGAACGGACCUAACGCCUUUACAGCAGCCAGUUUACUGUUUAGACAAGUUCUAGCAGUCAUACUUUGUUAUCCGUGUUAUAAACUUCACAAAUGCUUUGGAAGAAAUCGCUACAAUACUGGAUUGGAUUUUAAAUCGACGUCUGCAUUUGGAAUUUCAAUCAUGAACUUAUUUGACAGUUUGACAUUACUAUUUUUGACGCUGUCGGCUGUCAGGGGAGCCCACAUACCAAAGGAAGGCGGGAGGAGCGCGCAUGACGUGAUGCCCUUCAUGGAGGUGUAUAAUAAGAGCCUGUGUCGGCCCAGAGAGCUGCUGGUGGAGAUCCUGCAGGAGUACCCAGAGGAGGUGGAGCACAUCUACAUCCCGUCCUGCGUGGUGCUGACGCGCUGCGCAGGAUGCUGCAACGAUGAGAUGCUGCAGUGCACCCCCACCUCAACACACAACAUCACCAUGGAGAUAAAAAGAAUAAAACCACAAAGGCAACAAAAUGAUAUUUUUAUGAGUUUUACAGAACACAAUUCUUGUGAAUGCAGGCCGAAGCCAGAGGUGAAAGAACCGAGAGAAAAAAAAUCCCGGAGGGGCAAAGGCCAAAAGAGAAAGAGAAAGAAAAACAGAGACAAAAAGACUCGUGAAUCCCACUGUGAGCCAUGCUCGGAGAAGAGGAGACGGUGGUUUAUUCAGGACCCGCUGACCUGCCAGUGCUCCUGUAAACACACAGAGGCCGACUGCAAGGAGCGCCAACUAGAGCUCAACGAGAGGACCUGCAGAUGUGACAAACCCCGGAGAUGAAAGGUCAAUCUGCAGACAAGACCGAAAUGAAGGAAUAUUCAUGGAUAUUUCACAGCACAGCACUUUGAACUCUCAACCCAAUGCUCUCUCUCUGUAGAACAAACAGACUGAGAAACCACAGAGAAAACAAGAGAGAAAGAGAGAGAUAUUAGAAGAAAAAAAACACAUCAAAGAAGUGACAAAGAAAAUUGAUUUUAAAAAAUCCUCCCACUGUACAUCUGUGUAUAUACCGCGAUAAAAAAAAGAAUACAGAAUUUGUAUUGCUGCUAAAGAAAACAAACUUAAAACCACAGAGGUCCCAGAGCCCGCGGCCGCCUCCUGGUUUUAGACUUUUGUGUAGCUCCACUGUGGUCUUGUUGGCAAUUCAUUUAUGCAAAAACUUCACUGGAUACUUCUACUGUGGCCAAGUGCCAAUCAUGAACAACUGUGUCAAGGCGUGGAGGAAACAGGGGUAGAAGACUUCCUGUGAAGCAGGAAGGAAGGAGAGAACUCCGACACAGACUUCCUUUCCUGUCAGAGCCAGAACAGCCAAUAGGAGAUGGUGACCCAACCCUUUGUGAAGUCACUUCCUUUUGCAAGUUGUAAAUGUGUACAACUUCCUUCUUGGUCUGAUGCCAAGAGAAAGGACGAGGUGUCGUUCGUUUCUAAAGGGAUUCUGAUUCUGUCAUGGCUUGCACCGUGGAAACCACUAGUAACCACAUAUUCUGUAGCAGCUUGGAUUCCAUUGAGAAAAAAAACUGUGCCUCACAAACUGUGCUGAGAAAACACUCAAAAUACUUUUAAAUUAUUUUUUGCUUCUUUAAUUUUUGUUUCGUAGGAGGAGAGAGAUGUCUGCCAUUGAACUCAUGAAGCGUUGGAUGUUCUGUCACCACUGUUCAGUCAAGUCACAGUUGCUCACUUUAGAUAAUUUAUAACACUAAAGAUUCUUUUUCAGUAUUCAGUCUUUUCCACAUAUUUAAUUGGAUCUAUUUAUACAGUGUUAUGUCCAUACUGGCAUCCCCUCCCCUAUCUUGUGUGGUGUCAGGGACAGCUCCUUCUCAAGCUAGCUACCUGGAGAGCCCUGCUCUUUGCUUUUUGUGACAAAGAUUAAGACAAAUACUAUCUAGACAUUCCUUUCAUGGAAUUCCUUUAAUUCCUUCCUUUAAUGAAUCUAUUCUGGAUUUGAAAACUCUUUUAUCAGAGGGUGUAGGUGCUGUGUGUGAUUUUAAACCAGUGCUAUUGCCUUGUGUGUUUGUUUUGAUGUACGCGUUUGUCUUUAUUGGUACACCCAACGUGUGAUGUGUGUAUAUGUGUGUGUGUGAUGUGUGUAUGUGUGUGAGAGAGAGAGAGAACAUGUCCACGCUUGCCCAUCCUCAGAUCUACAUUGUGCAGAUAGUAAUAAAGCCUUUGCUACAAGCCAAGCCCCCCCCAUCACGGUGGGGCUGUAUUUACAACGAUAAGAGUGCGUGUCAAAGUGCCAUCUCAGUGUAACCUUGGAUUUCAUUACUUAUAUUUUUUCCUUUCCAAUAUUAAUGUGUUUUUUUUGUGACUGUACAGUAGUAAAGCAUAUUUAUUUACAAAUUAUAUUGUUUUUUUAUAUAAAAUGAGUAAACGGUUGCUGUGUUUUGAAGGUUGUCUGGAUUAUGAUGUCAGGGGUGUUGGAGGCUGGUGUCAAACUUUAAAGGGACACACAAGUUAGGUCAGUCCCUCUUAUGUGUAAACUAACGCAUAGUCAAAAUAAAAAUCAUUCAAAAGAAGAAACGUCUACACAGCCUACCAAAACAGCAGAGUGAUAUAACCAGUAUCAUAACAAGUUAUCAUAACUCAGAGAUUUCUUCUUUUGAAUGUCUGUGUGUUAAACUAUAGCCACAACAUCAAACAUUUGAUAAAUACUCCAACUGACCUUGUAACUGCUUCCUCCUGAAGAGCACUACAGUGUAAACAACCCCCCACUAGACGUGUCUACACACCCCUACUUAGACCAAAACGUUAGCUGUAUGAAUAAAACAUCAUGUAAAGUGAUCGUGGUGCAGUGAUUUUUUGUUUUGAAUGCAGAGUUAAUGUGGUAGGCCUACACAGCAACCAGAUGCUAUUGUAAGGAUCUUCAAGUUCAAUAAAUACGAUUUAUUUGGGA